AUUUGUGUUUAUGUGUUAAUUAUUAACCUUGUAAUUUUAAUACACAAUCUAUGAACUCUAAAAUCCUCUAUCCUUGUCAAACUUAUAAUGUAUAUUUUUUAUUUUGCUCAGUAUGUUGAAGUUUUACCGACAUUUAUUUAGUUUAACUCCAAUUCCAAAGUAUAAGAGCUCAUCAUUCCAAUAAGAUGAGUUAAAAAGCGGGUGUGGUGAUGUUGGAGACCGUUGUGAUCAAUGGCUGCGAAACACGGUCCCAGUCGGCUGACCGAACGUCGCGCCACUUCGGUCAGCUUUUCGCGCGAACGCGACGAGAUCAAUGUCACCGACAAUGACGAUGAUGAUGACAUGCAAAUUUCGCUGGCACCCCACAUCCAGGCCUAUCUGGCUCACAGCAGUCAGCGUGUCCAGGUUUGCGGCAUCCUGGUCCCGGUUCCCUUUGAGCGAGCGGCUCGAAGCUCGUGGUGGAGUCCUCGGUUCGACUCGGAGGUACUCGAGAACCAGUACCAAGCCAGCGCCUUUCCCCAGAUUCGUCUCCGAUUUCGCUAUUGCCUGCUGUACAUGUGCCUGGUUUCACUGACAUGGUGUGUGUACCUGAUGAGCGGGGGCGUGUCCAGUCAACCGGUGGGCGUGGCCAGUCAACCAGAGGGCGUGGCCAGUCAACAGGUGGGCGUGGCUUACGGCCUGUUCACACUGGCCAGCUGUCUGGUGCUGGUGUCAACCGGCCUUGCCCGCUUCCAGCAGCUGCACCGUUUGGUCGCCCUACUGGCCACACUCCUCAUGUACGGCCUCUCACUCUACGGGGCCACACCUCUCAGUCCGGCCUCUCAACUCGCGCUCUGUGUGCAGAUCAUCAUGCUCGUCUACACAGUGGUACCACUACCGUUGUACGCAUGCGUGCUGCUGAACGCAGGCUACUCGGCCGCAGUGGAGUGGGUGGCAACCGCGACCGGAACCGGAAGUGGAACCGGAAGCGGCUGGCUGCCGCGACUGCUGUGUCACUGUGCGGUGCACAUUGUCGGCGUCCACACUCUGGUGAUGACCGAUGUGCGCAUGCGCGGCACCUUUAUGAAGGUCGGGCAGUCGCUGUUGGUGCGCCGACAACUGGAGCUCGAGAAACAGCUGAAGGAGAAGAUGAUUCAUUCGGUGAUGCCUCCAAAGGUAGCGGCUUGGUUGAUGUCGGAAGCGGGGCGCAGCCGUCGGGAGAGUCGGCGGUCGAGGGACGACUCGGUCGGUACUGAGUCCGACUCGUCCGACACCGAAUGCGAUUCUGAGUCCGACUCCAGUGACAUACACUCUCUGUUCCGGCCGUUCAAUAUGAUGCAGAUGGAGAACGUGAGUAUCCUGUUCGCGGAUAUAGUGGGGUUCACGCGGAUGAGCUCGAGCAAGACGGCCGCCGAGUUGGUGGCUCUGCUCAACGACCUGUUCGAGCGCUUCGACGACGUGUGUGCGGCCACUGGCUGCGAGAAGAUAUCCACGCUGGGCGACUGCUACUACUGUGUGGCCGGCUGUCCCGAGCCACGCCCUGAUCACGCCGUCUGUUGCAUCGAGAUGGGACUCAAAAUGAUAGUGGCGAUAGGGGAGUUCGAGCGUGAACGGGGUGAGGAGGGUGCGGGGGUGAACAUGCGCGUGGGCGUGCAUACGGGCACUGUGCUGUGCGGCAUAGUGGGCAGCAGACGGGUCAAGUUCGACGUGUGGAGCAAUGACGUAAGGUUGGCCAACAAAAUGGAGUCGACCGGACAGCCGGGGCGGGUGCAUUUGUCGCAGGCCACCAGGGCGUUCCUCGGCGACCGCUACCUGCUCGAAGACGGGCCUUUAGUUGAAGAUUUGAAAACGUACUUUGUGCGGUGUCGCCGAGACGAGUGGCAACUGCAGCGGGCGGAGGAGAGGGUGGAAGCCACGCCCCCUUUCACAGUUGCCGCCUCCCUUCCCCCUCUCGUGCCCGUUGUCUGUUCCCGGCCCUCUACCCCCACCACGCCCACCGCAAUUCCCCUCUCCGUCCACAUCAAGCGCUCCUCGUUGGCCGAGGCGCUCUGCUACUCGCAGACGCUUGCCGAGCGACCGAAACGCAAGUCGCCGCGGUGUCGCUCGCCGUCGCUGCUGGCGUCGGGCGACAGUAGCAAGGCGUCGUCGCUGCCUAGCGUGUUUGUCGUCGUUGACGCCGAGGGCGACAAGCGACAGUCGAUGGUGUUUGUCAAACGGCGCUCGCCCGGGAACCCAACGGUUGACUGCAAGUACUCAAAGCUCGCUACUGCUGACGUUGAUCAAGCUAGCAUAGAAGCUGCACACAAGUUGAAUGACUCCGGUUCACUGUCAAGGCUCAGAACACCUUCACCCGAGGUCAAUUUGAAAACGUACUUUGUGCGGUGUCGCCGAGACGAGUGGCAACUGCAGCGGGCGGAGGAGAGGGUGGAAGCCACGCCCCCUUUCACAGUUGCCGCCUCCCUUCCCCCUCUCGUGCCCGUUGUCUGUUCCCGGCCCUCUACCCCCACCACGCCCACCGCAAUUCCCCUCUCCGUCCACAUCAGCGCUCCUCGUUGGCCGAGGCGCUCUGCUACUCGCAGACGCUUGCCGAGCGACCGAAACGCAAGUCGCCGCGGUGUCGCUCGUCGUCGCUGCUGGCGUCGGGCGACAGUAGCAAGGCGUCGUCGCUGCCUAGCGUGUUUGUCGUCGUUGACGCCGAGGGCGACAAGCGACAGUCGAUGGUGUUGUCAAACGGCGCUCGCCCGGGACCCAACGGUUGACUGCAAGUACUCAAAGCUCGCUACUGCUGACGUUGAUCAAGCUAGCAUAGAAGCUGCACACAAGUUGAAUGACUCCGGUUCACUGUCAAGGCUCAGAACACCUUCACCCGAGGUUCGAAGCAGGGGUGUGGGUACGACCAACCUCCCCCUCCACCAGGACGAGAUGAGUGUCUGCCCUUCGAUCAGCAGUCGGAAGGACUCGGGCAUCCGAAGCAACAGCCGACGCAGCAGUAUACAGCAACAGUUGCUGACGAUGAACGGAAUAAUGCAGGGAGAGCUGUUGACGCAUCGCGUGAGUGGCUAUUACACUUCUAGUCAAUCCACUAUCAACGACGGACAUAGACCUGAACACAGGAAAAAUCUAGCUCAACUGCCAUCCCCUUUUACGGAUGAUAUGGGCGUAUGCUUCCAGAAACUGAGAAAACAGUCUGACCUGCAACUUAUCAGAUGUGUACAGGAUAACAGUUUGUCGCAACGCAGCUACUUUGUGAAGGCUCCGCUGUCAAAGGUGUCGCUAUUUUUCAAGCAGCCGGGUCUCGAACAGCAGUUUAGGAAGAAGGCCUACAAGACGUUCAACAGCGACGCCGCUACGCUGGCCACGGCACGCUUCAACACCUAUCUCGACAUUGCCGUCUGUCUACUGGUGAUGAUGGUGGUGACAGUGACGUCACUACUGCAUCCAGCCGGUGUCUCCACCUGGUGGAUGUCUGUGGCGUGUUGCCUGUGGCUCAUAAUGGUGGCAGCCGUCGCUCUCUGUCUGCACUCUCUCUUCUGUCCCUCUCGACCGGCCCUCUCGCUCAAACGCUGCAUGAGUUGGCAGCCCUGGCACUACCUGGGCGCCAUUUUAGUCAGUAUGCCCGUUGUGUUGGUACUGUCCAACACGCACACUCUUGCCAACACGCACCACCAUUACAGCUGUCUGCUCUACAUCGGUCUCAUUCACUUCUGCAACUUCACUCAGCUCAACUGUUGGAUGAAAAGUGUUCUGGCCACUCUAUUUAGUCUACUCUACAUCGUUGCUUGCAUUCCAGUUGCCAGCAAUUCUUCUUGCCUGACAUUCCCCAACCUUAAUAGUUCUAGUAGUAACCCACCGUUUGUCAACGAUCGAAUAAUACACGACAAACGUUUGUCUUCGAACAGUUUUAAUGUAGAUAGUAGUAACCCACCGUUUUUAAACGAUAGAUUAAUAGGGAACAUACACAGCGAUGACAGGCGUUUGUAUUCAAACAGUUUUAAUUUAGAUAGCUUAAGUAGUAACCCUUCCAAAGAUCAAGUACCACAUAACGGUCCGUUUCUUGACGAACCCAAGAGAGAUAGACAGUUUUCUUCGACCAAUCAAGAUGCACACAACAGUCAAUUUUGGAUGAAUCAAAGAGUGACGAACAGCCUUCUUCAAACGUGGAUAGUUCAAGUAGAAGCCCACCGUUUUAGAGAUACUACAGCAAACGAUUUGCAUUCAACUCUCAAUAAUCCAUCGAUCGAUGAGCCCAAGAGAGACAGGUCUUCAAAACAUUUUAACAUGGUUAGUUCUAGUAAGAGCCUACCGGUUUUCAACGAUAAGGAGCUAGAAGAUGUGGAAGCUAAGAGAGAUAAUAGUCAGUCUUUUUCAUACAAUUUUAACGUGGAUAACUCCAGUAAGAGCCUACCGUUUCACAACAAUAGAGAACUAGCAGAUAAGAAUCGUAAAAGCCCAACGUAUUACAGCGAUAAGAAACUAGAAGAUGAGCGUAGCUUUGUCGUUGAGAAUUCAAAGACAGACGAGAAACAGUCUGAUGUUUUGAAUCUAUUGAACCGCUAUCAGGAUGAUGAGCUAAAGGAGAGGAAUAUUGAAAUUUUAUCUGUGUUUCCGCCAGCUGAAGAUAAGAGGAUUGUGAAACGUUCAAAUGAUGACAGCACUCUCAACGAUGGGAAAGUUAGUGUGGGACAACCUGAUUUGAUUGAAAACUUGUCCAAGUCGAAGGAAGACUUGAUUAAAUUUGCAGAUUUGGAGAAGGGAUUGGCUGGAGAUUCUUCGGAUUUGAGUGGAAAUAUUAUAUCUUUCUCUUCACUAGUUGGAAAUUCAAUUGAACCUGUUGCCUCUCCUCUUAGAGAUGUGAGUCCUAUUGUGGAAGGCUCCAGAGUGAAUGCGAGCGGUGAUGCCGAGGAUUGUAUGGAAGACAAGAAGCAGUUGCUGAUGGAAACCUGUCUGGACGUGUUGCUACUUGUGCUGCUGGUUUGGUUCCUGAACCGUGAACUGGAGAUCAGCUAUCGGCUGAGUUGGCAUGGCAACGCGGUCGCCGCUAAGGACAGGCAACGGGUGCAGGCUAUGAAGGACCAGGCAGACUGGCUGUUACACAACAUAAUACCGGAGCACGUGGUGGAGCAACUGAAGACAACGGCGCGUUACUCCCAGAACGUGACCAAUGCGGGAGUACUGUUUGCCAGCAUUGUCAACUUUGCCGAGAUGUACGACGAGUCCUAUCUAGGUGGCAAGGAGUGUCUGCGUGUACUCAACGAACUGAUCAGCGACUUUGACGAGCUACUGGACUGUGAGCGAUUCUCGAUGGUGGAGAAAAUCAAGACGAUAGGCAGCACUUACAUGGCCGCAUCAGGCCUCAACCCCGAGACCAGGGAGGCCUGCGCCUCACAGCAGCCCAACCUGCACCUCUAUCAGCUGAUGGAGUUCGCCAUUGCCCUCCAGCAGGUCAUCAACACCUUCAAUCGAGACCUGCUCGAGUUCAACCUCAUCAUAAGGAUUGGCGUGAACUUUGGAGACGUGACGGCCGGCGUGAUAGGCACGUCGAAGCUGUACUACGACAUCUGGGGUGAUGCAGUCAACAUUGCCAGUCGAAUGGACUCGAUCGGAGUGGCCGGUCGCAUCCAGGUGCCCAGUCACACCCUGCAUGUCUUCAGCCAAUGGUAUGAGUUUGCACCGCGCGGCCCUCUCUAUGUCAAAGGCAAAGAUCUGAUGCACGUUUACCUGCUGACUGGGCCAAAGUCUAAUGGAGUGGUGCCUAUUGUGGAACGACGGCCAUCAGAGGGAGUCACAGAGUAACAGAGCUGCCAGAAAGUGGCUGGUGAUGGCAUCAAGUAGGCGAUGGUCAUCAGAGGAAGUCACAGAGUAACAGAGCUCACUGGAUACGCCACAGAGUAUAGCAGGGCUGAGGACUGUAGCUGUAGAUGGCACCAAGUGACCGACGGCCAUUAGAAGGAGUCACAGAGUAACAGAGCUCACUGGACACGCCAUGGAGUAUAGCAGGGCUGAGGACUGUAGCUGUAGAUGACACCAAAUGACCGACGGCCAUUAGAAGGAGUCACAGAGUAACAGAGCUCACUGGACACGCCACGGAGUAUAGCAGGGUUGAGGACUGUAGCUGGUUAUGGUACCAAGUAAACGAUUGCCAUCAGAGGGAGUCACAGAGUAACGGAGCUCACUGGACUUGAGGCUUCCACCACAGAGUGCCUGCUGAUGGUACCAAGUAAACGACGGUCAUUAGAGGUAGUUACAGGGUAUCAAGUUUUUGUAAAAGGGGUAUGAAUUUUUGGGUAAUGAAGAGCCUCACUAAAAUAUCGAUUGACCUGAAUGGCUCAGGUCUGGUGACAGAGUUUUUAGGUCGCACCUGAUCUCAAUAUUUCAAAGACUCUCUCAUUACUGAUUCUAAGCAGCCUGGACCGACGGACUUUGUGUUCACGGGUUUGAUCAGAGAAUAAUAUCUUGGCCGGUACGAUUUGAACUCGAUUUACAGAGUGGGAAUUCAAUAUUCAACAAAGCAAAAUGUUUGUAUUUAGUUUACACUACAGGGUACAGACUAGACAAGGUGAAAUAAUAUUGGUCGUAUAUCAAAUUCUUGUAUUUGAGUUUGUGAAAGUUCAAACAUGAAAAGAACAAAUUGAUGGAAGGACAAUAAAAAACAAUUGCCUCUCAAGAUAAUUGAAAAUUAAAUGUCUAAUAUUUUCAACUGAUUUUAUGGAUUUAAGGAUAGAAAUUGGGUAUUUGAAAUGUUUAUAGUCAACACUGAAAUUGUAAAGUCAAUUUGUAUUAUUUUUGUUGUUGGGGAGUCCCUUACUGACUAAAUUCUAAUUCUGUAUUCCUAUUUUAUUGGUAAAGUUGAACAAAACUAUAUCUUAUUAACAACAUAUUUCUUGCACAAAUUUAUGCUUGGAAAAAUCAAUUCAAUGAGGAAUAUAUUGCAUUUUCUUCAAUAUUGAAAUGCAAUAUACUAUAUGAUAAUUCUUAAGUUUCAAGCUAUUGAAUGAUUUGACUUUCUAUUAUAUUUAGUAGUAUUUGUAAUAAACCAAAUUUCAAACUUUUGUGUUCAUAAAACUAGUUUUUUCAUCCAAUAGUAAUGAACUAGCUUGCUUUAUAUGGUUAUUAAACCAAGAAUAACUAGAAUAACGUUUCCUAAACAGUAUGAGUUACUAUAUUCAAUUAACUACUAUUUUUUUUCUUAGUAACAUUGAGCUUUAUCAUGUGCCGAAUAUUUUACGAAUAUGGCUAAAAACAUAAAGCACUGAAUUAGCCUACAGAGCUCUUUAAAAGCUUUUAAUUCCUAUGUAAUUGUAUAAGCUUUAUCAUGUGCCGAAUAUUAUACGAAUAUGGCUGCAAAAGUUGAAAGUUGAAGCACUGAAUUAGCCUACUGAGCUUUUUACAAGCUUAUUAAUUCAUAUAUAAUUGUAAUAAUUAUUAGAUAAAAUUGAAUUUGAAUUAUUUAUCUCUUUAUAUAAAUGUAUUCUUUGCUGGAGAUUCCGUUUUUGGAUACAGCGGUACUGAUCAUGUAGAAGUAAUAUGCAUUUUAUUAACCAAAUCAGUUAUAAGAUAAUGAAGCUUGACUCAUUUAAAUAUCUUACUAUUGUAAAACUUGUGAGAGUUUUUGAAUUGUAUAAAGAAAUGAUUUUGUUGAUUAACAUUCCAACUUUUUGAACAUCAGGAAUGCCAUAUAAAAUUUUUAAUAAUUAUAUACAAAAUAUAAUACAUUAUCAUCUUAAAAGCCUGAUUAUUGUAGUACCACAUAAUUAAUAACUAUUAGUAUAACUUUAUAAGCUUAAUAAUAUUAAUAAUGCUUAUGCAUAGACAGUUUAUUACAUUCCUAUCAUAUAAUACUAAUAUAAUAUUAUUUUCAUAAGAUAUUGUGGAAGGAAUAUUUAAUUCAAUUUAUUCACAACACACUAGAAUACAAUGAGAAAAUCUCAUUAUGAUCAAAAAUAUGAUUCAAAUUUGAAACUAUGAUAAUAUAAUAUCACAUCAAGUAUUUUUGUUGCUUGUUAAAUUCAUUUUGGAUCAGCUUGUUUUGUAAAAUGAAUAUAUUUCAUCACAUUUACUAGAUACUAGAUUCGCUUAUAUUAGAUAUAAGCUGAUAAUUAGAUUCUCGCCAAACUAGAGUGAGGAGAUAUUAAUUAAUAAUACAGGGUCUUUCUAAAUGAUGGACCCAUUUUCAAAAUUUGAUAUUUAUUAAAGUAAAAAUGCAAAAUGGACAACCUUAAUACCAAUGGAAAAAGAAAGUUUCAAAGUUUUUUCUAAUACCUUACAAGUGUUCAAUAUGGUCUCCGGCUGCUGCACGAUCUGCGGAACCGUAUCACUGCUGCCGUGCACUCAAUAACAUCAGAUACGCUUUCUCGCGUGUGGGACGAGUUUGGCUACCGCGUAGAUGUUUGCCGUGCAGCAGCCGGAGGCCGCAUUGAACACUUGUAAGGUAUUAAAAAAACUUUGAAACUUUCUUUUUCCAUUGGAAUUAAGGUUGUCCAUUUUGCAUUUUUACUUUAAUAAAUAACAAAUUUGGAAAAUGGGUCCAUCAUUUAGAAAGACCCGGUAUUAUUAAUUAAUAUCUCCUCACUCUAGUUUGGCGAGAACCUAAUUAUCAGCUUUUCUAGUGACUUCCGAUCUCUAGAAUAUAUUUUCUCAGAUGUUCUUCUUCAGGCAUAAUUAUUAAUUUUUCUUGAUCUUCACUUCUAAAAUUAUUUACGAAUUUGAGUAUGGCUUUUGUCUGAUUUAAUUUGUGAUUAUACAACUGAUGAGAUCACUUGAUUGGUCAGAAACGAAAACGCAACUUUCAUAGUGCGGAUAUGGACAUUUAUCUCUUUUUUUAUAAUUCCAGUAUUUCCUUUCCGUUCCAUAUAUUAUAUAAUUUUCCAGUAUAGUUCCUAGUUACUUUCUUGGCCUUAGUAUAUAGUUUCUAGUCCUUGUUUCUUAGUCAAAUAAAUAACAUCUAUUCAUACCCGUUUUUUAAUUUAUCAAUAUCUAGUUCAUUCAUUUAUUUCAAUUUUGUUCAUAAUCACAUCUAAUUUAAUCUAUUAUAAUAAAUUAUAAUACUAAUUGAGACGUCUAUGAUAUUUGUUAUUUUUCUGUUAUGAAUCGUGAAACGUUAUAUCAUUGCUCUGUUAUUUAGUGUAAUAUAUAUUUAUACAUUACAAAUGUAGUUCUUAUAAUAAUUAUAUAAAUAUUUUUGUAAGUUGAACUCAUUCUACGACUCAAUUUAUUAGUCAUAUCUCCAAUAUUUCCAAUAGGUACCAUUAUCGUUUAUGCUAUUUUGCCGCUUUGCUCCAAUGAAAAAUGCUGUUAUAUGUGAUUUCACUUCUAAACUUCAAGUCAAAUUAUUACUUGUCUAGAAUAUUAUUGAUUACCGUACGUAUAUUAACAACAUUAUUUUUAUAUAGUUAAUCUUGUAAUAAUUCAUUAAUAAAUGGAUCACCCAUUCUUGGGUUUUCAUUAU